AACAACAAGGUUGUCUCCGGGAAGCUCCAUAAAUGGAGAUAGCUAGCAAGCUACGAAGCAGCAGAUCUGCAGGUGCAAAGCUAACCAUCCACAAACAUGCACACAUCCAUGACGAGGAGGACGGCGACGGCCGGCCAGCGGUGGGUGGUUGCAGCGGUGGUGGUGGCAGCCUUGGCGAUGGCGGCGACGCCGGCUCGGUGCGGAACCCAGGGGGGAAAGAAGGUGACAGCGGUGAUCGUCUUCGGUGACUCCAUCAUGGACCCUGGCAACAACAACGGCCUCCACACGGUCGUCAAGGCGAACCACGCGCCGUACGGCAAGGACUUCGCCGGCCAUGUGGCCACCGGGCGCUUCUCCAACGGGCUCAUACCCACCGACUUCAUCGCCCAAGGCCUUAAUGUGAAGCAGCUACUGCCUCCAUACCUCGGCGUGCAGCACACGCCGGAGGACCUCCUCACCGGCGUCAGCUUCGCGUCCGGUGCCACCGGAUUCGACCCUCUGACCCCUGUCAUCGUGGGCGUGAUCUCGCUGGAGCAGCAGCUGGCGUACUACGACGAGUACCGGAGCAAGCUGGUGGGCAUCGCCGGCGAGGAGGAGACGAAGCGGAUCAUCGACGGCGCGCUGUUCGUCGUGUGCGCCGGCACGGACGACAUCGCCAACACCUACUACACCACCCCGUUCCGGAGCGCCGAGUACGACGUCCCCGCCUACGUGGACCUCCUCCUUGUCGGCGUCGAGUCCUUCCUCCGCAACGUCAGCGCGCGCGGCGCCAAGCGGAUUGGCUUCGUUGGGCUUCCCCCAAUCGGUUGCGUGCCGUCGCAGCGGACCCUCGGCGGCGGUCCUCACCGGAGCUGCGUGCCGGAGCGCAAUGCCGCCGCGCAGCUAUACAACACCAAGGUCCAGGAGCUGAUCCGCGAGCUCGGAAAGGACACGGCCGCGUUCCCCACCCUCGUCUACAUCGACAUCUACACCGUGAUCCAGGACCUGGUGGAGCACGGGGAGCGAUAUGGGUUCACCGAGACGACGCGUGGGUGCUGCAGCACCGGGACGGUGGAGGUGGCGGUGCUGUGCGACGCGAGGUUCGCGCCCGUGUGCGAUGAUGUGUCUCAGCACGUCUUCUUCGAUAGCUACCACCCCACGCAGCGGGCGUACAAGGUCAUCGUCGACUACAUCUUCGACCACUACAUGCAGUUCCUGCAUCUUUGAACAGUGAAGCUAGUUUGUGAGCGAGAGGCAAGUGUGCCAGCCAAGCUGGCAGUAUUUAUUCAUUGUUAAUUUGAUUAUUUGAGGUUGAUCGGUCCGUGAGGUCAGGAACGAAUAUUCAGUGUGAGAUGAUGGAGUAACUUAAAUCCAUCUUCACUUGUAUAAUAUAUUGAAAUAUAUACUUCCCCCGAUCCAUAUUAAU